AUGGCGAAACAGGUUCUUUUUAGGAAUCACAAUCCAAUACGGACAGCAGCUCCACAAUUCCAAAGGGGCAGUCUCCUAAUCGUUCAAGUAAGUUUUCUGUUUGACUAUUACUUAUAUAAAUUUCAGAUGGAGGGCAUGCAACUAGCACUCCCAAACAAAAGCGAAGAAGACAUGAACAAUCGGUUACCCAGCGGAGACAUAGGCAUCAUAAGAAAGGAUCUCACUGGCCAGCCGGUAUAA